CUAUUGACGCGCGCUUCGUGUUUGUACACUACACGAGCGUAGAGUAGUUACACUAGGGGAGAAUUAUUCUUGACAGGUUUAAGUUCAUAUUUACUUAAAGCUUUGUAAACAGCCAACGACUUUUAUUCAUCGUGUAACAAGUGUAAAUGUAGUUUGCGCCCCUGAGUGCCCUCUCUGUAAACAUGCCGCUGCACGGGGAGAUUUGAGUGGGACAUUUCGAGAAGUGUGAAGGGAUGCUGCAGGACCCAGCAGGUGUUUUUUGUUGUGUUAGUGUGAUUAAAGAGAUGCACUGCUAAAGCCAAUAGCAGCAUGAUGCAUUAAACAAAAGCUAAUGUCUCACCUCGUCUAAUAUGGAAUCGAAUGAGUUACUUGCGAAAAGGGAUAAAAUCCAGAGGGAGAUUUUGGCUCUUGAGAGCACUCUGGGUACAGACAGCAGCAUCAUAGGCCUACUGUCAUCUGACAGCAGCAGCGAUGAUGAUGAAUCUGAUGACAGUGGACCUGAAGUUCAAGGAGUGGAGCAUAAUGACUUGGAGGCGGAGCGUCUACGGAUACAAAGGGAGAUUGAAGAGUUAGAGAAUACACUUGGUGCUAAUGCAGCACUGGCCGAUGUUUUGAUUGAGAACGAACAUGACACUGAUUCUUGCGAUGAAGACAGUGACGAUGAUGAGUUGAAUCUUCCUCAAAAUGUGGAGACUUGCCUGCAAAUGAAUUUAGUCUAUCAGGAGGUGUUGAAAGAGAAACUAGCGGAGCUGGAAAGACUCCUCAACGACAAUCAACAGCAGCAGAAAGAGAUGGAGGCCCAGAUCUCUGGCCCAAGCACUUCUAGCCCCGCCAUACCAGGAAUCCCCCCUCAGAAACAGUUUCUUGGAUACUUCAUGAAACCUUACUUCAAAGACAAACUCACUGGUCUGGGCCCUCCAGCAAAUGAAGAAACUAAAGCAAGACUGAGUCAUGGUACCAGACCCAUUGAUGACCUGAAAAUAAAAAGAUGGGACGGUUGGCAGAAAAUUUUGCUCACCAACGCAGUUGCCAAAGACACUAUGAAGCGGAUGCUACAACCCAAACUGUCCAAGCUGGACUAUUUGAGUGCCAAGAUGUCUAGAGCUGAUGAUAUGGGAAAAGAAGAAUUGAAAAAGCAAAUAGACAAGAUCGAGAAAGAAAUUGCAGAAAUAAGUGCCCUUAAAGAUGAUCAGCUGCUGGGCAAUCGCCAUGAUGAUCACGACUGGGAGAAAAUAUCAAAUAUUGACUUUGAAGGUUUGCGACAAGCUGAUGAUUUAAAAAGGUUCUGGCAGAACUAUUUGCACCCCUCCAUUAACAAAUCAGUAUGGAAACAGGACGAGAUUGAUAAACUGAAAAUAGUUGUGGAAGAAUACAAUUGCUGCCAUUGGGACAAAAUAGCAGAGGCUCUUGGGACAAAUAGAACAGCUUUUAUGUGCUUCCAGACUUACCAGCGCUACAUUUCAAAGACCUUCAGAAGGAAGGAGUGGACAAAAGAGGAAGAUGAGGUUCUCAGAAAACUUGUUGCGAAAAUGAAAAUUGGCAACUUCAUUCCUUACAUACAGUUGUCAUACUUCAUGGAGGGCCGUGAUGGAUCACAGCUGUCUUAUCGCUGGACAACCGUUUUGGAUCCCUCUUUAAAGAAAGGUCCCUGGUCCAAAGAGGAGGACCAGUUGUUGAGGAAUGCUGUCGCAAAAUAUGGCAUCAGAGAAUGGGGAAAAAUCAGAUUAGAAGUCCCAGGCAGGACCGAUAGUGCUUGUCGUGACAGGUAUUUGGACUGUCUUCAGGAGAAUGUGAAAAAGGGGACAUGGAGCAAAGAGGAGGAGGAACUACUGAAAGAAAAGGUUGAGAAAUAUGGUGUUGGAAAGUGGACAAAGAUUGCCUCAGAGAUCCCAAACCGGAUUGACUGCCAGUGUCUACACAAGUGGAAAGCACUAACAAAAACUAAAAAAAAUGUAAAAAGACGAAGGAAGCCACAAACAACAACAACAGCGCCACGAAAAAGACAAAAAGUACUGAAAACUAUAAAAGAGGAGAUCCUCACCUCCAGCGAUGACGAAAAACAGAUAAAUUAUAUGGACAGUGAUGUUGAAACAGAUGUUCCCUUAGAUAAAGUACAGGAAAUACCACGAAAGGACUACGUGCAGCCAGAUAUGAAGGAAUGGAUACCUGUAAAUUCAAACACAGGGGUUCAUUCUCUAGGAACUGUCAGGACUGUGUGGGUCCAUCCUCCCUCCAAUGAGGAGGAGCUAGUGAAAUCCACUCAAGAAUCUGGCUUAGGCCGCAUUCGAUCAAAAAACAGCAAAUGUCCAAAAGUCAUGCUCUGUUUAGAACGCAAUACCAUCAUAAACCGCUUUGGAAAUGUGGAACGAACUUACAUAGGUUUGAAACCUACCGUCCUGCAGAGUCAGACUGACGAUGAGAAGGCCAUGCUCAAGGUGUCUGUUAGUGAUAUUAAACAAUUCCUGCAGUGGAAGGGAGCAUCUGCAGUUAAAAAGGAGAAAAUGACAAGUCCAAAAAAUGUUAAGAAAAGAAGGUCUGUUCAGGACAUGGUCAGCCUUAAUAAUGAACUCUUUAAAGCCAUCACCCCAUGGAUUGGUAAUGUGAUCCUACCUGCUCCAGUGAAUGAAAACACAUUUUGUGAAGGUGAUAUUGUUGGAAUGAAAGCAGAAGGCAUCACUCUACCAAAAACAUCAGUGUUUUCUUUUUUUCUCAAAGUAUUUCAAAUAGACAUCAAGGGUUGCAAGAAUUUCAUUGAAAAUCAACAAAAGAUCAACAUUCAGAAUUCAAUUGUUCAAACUAAACCAAGAACAGUGUCAGCCAUUCUUAAGGAUGCAAAAAUGAAAGCUCAGCACAUGAGACCUGCAGAACCUCCUCAACAUCCACCUCCACUGCAGCCAGUUCUUCUCAAUUCUCUUCAACUGCCAGUCAUGCAGAUGACAACCUCAACUUUGGUUCAACCCAAGACUCUUGUCAUUACACAGCCAAACAAGCAGAGGGCAGUGCAGCCUUUACUAAUUAAGUCGGCACCACAAGUUUUAUCACAGAAUCCUAUGCCGCUAAUGCAGCCGACUGCACCUGCACAACCUGUCAUGGCCUCAACCCCAAGUUUAGAGGAAUCAAACAGCAUCCAAUCUGCAAAACGCAUUCGCAAACCUACUGAGAAAGGCCAAGCCCUAAUGGAAGAAACUAAAGCUAAAGAUAGGAAAAAACAGUCACCAAAACGAAAUCAAGAAAAACUGAAUGUUGUUUUUCCAAAUAUUACAUUGCAGACGCAGCCAAUAAAUUGGAUUUUUACCACCAAUUUGGUACAAGUAACUGGUCCACUUUCUGCUAAUAUCCCAAGCAACCAGACACUAACUAUGCCAAAUAGUUCCUUCCUGAAUAACAGUAGUAGUCCAUCUGUUUCAACUAAUCUAUACCCAUCAUCAUCUGCACUGGUUGUUGCUCCUUCCUCUGUUAGUCCUGCCCUUUUACAUUCUUCAGUCUCAAAUGCCUCCAAAGAUACCCUAAAGACUCCCUCUGACAACAUUAACCCCAAUGGCAACCAGACACCUCUUUCAUCUACUUCUACCAUAGUACAGAGCAAAAGUGAGCUUCAUAGUUCUCAGAUGUUAUCCCCGACACCUAUUAAAAAGGAUGCUAUGAAGAGCUACUCAGACUCCCCUUCAGAGGAAUGUAUUGUAAAGCAGUAUCAGACAUCUACAUCAACUGGUUCCAGAGUAUCUCCUGCUGUUUUUAGUUUUCUUCAAGUACCCUUGACUGUGCCACCUGUGUCUAGUUCACCAGUCUUUCUGAAGUCAACAAAUAAUGUUUCAGUGGCAAAGUCUCCUGGUGUUACUGAAAAUGGCUGCGUUCUUGUGAGAACUAAUCAGCUGCCAACUGUCCUCCAACAAAAAGCUUUGCCCGGCACAAUAUUGAGCCCACUUUCUGCUUCUAGAACACCAAUUGCACUUUCACCUCAGGUUAUAGCUCAAUAUCCUCAGAUUGUAGCACCAUUAGCUCAUAUUGUGGCUUGGUCACCUCAGAUUGUGACUCCUUUAGCUCACAUUGGGGCUCCAUCACCUCAGAUUGGGGCUCCAUCACCUCAGAUUGGGGCUCCAUCACCUCAGAUUGUGACUCCUUUAGCUCGCAUUGGGGCUCCAUCACCUCAGAUUGUGACUCCAUCACCUCAGAUUGUGACUCCUUUAGCUCGCAUUGGGGCUCCAUCACCUCAGAUUGUGGCUCCACCACCUCAGCCUGUGGUUCCAUCAGUUCAGAUCGUGGCUUCUUCACCCCAGAUUGUUGCUCCAUCAGAAAUACCUCAAAUCAGAACAUUAAGUAAGCCAUUACUCCCUCUUUCUGAUAUUCCCUCUGAUGUUGUUAGCUUUAAUACUCACUUGAUAUUCCCUGAGCAAUCAUCUGAAGUAGAUGACUGGAUAAAUGGAAAAGGUGGAAUUCCACUACCUCAUUUAGAGAUGUCUUUGCCAUACCUUCCACCAUCUGCCGCCAGCAUCAAAACACUGACUUCUUUGCUCAAAGUUAAACAAUCUCUGCUUGCAAAUGCAGUGAAUAUCUUGCCAGUUGAGUAUCAAAACUAUAGGGAGGAAGCAGCUCAAGUAGCUGCCAUCCGCAAAAUGAUUGCAGAAAGGUUUGCCUCAAAUCCAGCAUACCAGCUUUUGAAGGCACGUUUCAUGUCGUGCUUUACUUUACCAGCCCUUUUGGCCACUAUAAACCCUUCUGUGAAAUGUGAGUUGCCCACAGAUAACAAUGGUGAUGAAGAUGAGGUCUUGUUAUUACAAAAGAUAAAAAAAAGGAUUCGGCCACCAGCUGCGAGGAUUGAGCUUAACACAAAUGAAAACGAAGCAUCAGCAAAACAGUUCUCAGGAAUCAGUACAGAAAGGCAAAGAAGUCAACACUGAGUUCAUAAGAUUCGUUAUCUGAAUGAGUACAAGUAACUUAAGAUUUUGUACAGUUCAUGAUUAGUAUAGAAAUGUCUACCACAAAAAAAAAAAAAAAUCUACAAUUAAUGGGACCAGUCAGAUAUUCAUUGCACUAAUUUCUUUUACUCUAUUCAUAUGUUUGAACAUUCAGUAUGUGUCCUGAUACAAGAUACAAGUUUGCACUGAACUACUAUAUAAUUAUUACUCAUUAAGUUUAUUUUGUUACUGCUUUCUGAAUAAAUUGUUCUGUAGAAAUGUGAAA